UUGACUCUUAAACAAUGCAUUUGGACGGGCUUCUGCAGGUUAUCGGAGAGUUUGGUACUUACCAGAGACGACAGUAUUUUCUGGUAUGUCUUGUUGGGUUAUAUGCAAUAUUACCACUACUGACCACUGUGUUCCUGGCGGCAACGCCCAAACACCACUGUAAACUACCCGCAGAUUACGUGGCACGCGCGGAGAGGAUCUACGGCAACCUUUCCCGCGAGGAGCUGCUCAACCUGUCCAUCCCUUGGGAAGAAAACGGCGGUCAACUGACUCGAAGCAGUUGUAAGCUUUAUCCAUGGACAAGGCCUAACCAAACUCUCACCCCCUAUAAUGAGACGUACUCUGUUCCAAGUGUUAACGAGACAGAAAGCAUAGCGUGUCCUCUCGGACUGGAAUAUAGCCAGGAUAUUUAUACAUCAACAGUGGUGUCAGAGUUUGACUUGAGCUGUGGAAGAGAGUGGAUGGUUGGUGCCAGCCAGUCUGCGUUCUUUGUUGGGAAGAUGGUGGGAGACGCUUUUACUGGGACUGUAAGUGAUAGAACCACAUAUUCCAGAAGUCAUGGCUGUUUCAGGUUCGGCAGACGACCUACGUUCUUGGUGGCCGUGAUGUUUUCGGCAUCAGUGGGUGUAGUUACCGCUUUGUCUCCCUCCAUGACGGUGUAUAUAGCGUCUCUAGGUCUGCAGGGGUUCGUCAGCGGAUGUGUGCUCCUCUCUAUAUACACUCUAGGAAUUGAAUUUGUGGGCCCAAGUAAGCGUAAACUAGCCGGUUUUGGUAUAAUGUAUUUCUUUAGCUUUGGCUACUUCUACAUCGUGCUGUUUGCCUACUUCAUAAGAGACUGGCGCCACCUGAAUCUGGCGCUGUUAGUGCCCGGGUACCUGUUUGGGCUCUAUUAUUUCGUUCUUCCCGAGUCUUUCCGUUGGCUGCUGUCCAGAAAUCGCACCGAAGAAGCAGUCGACUUGAUCCGGGCAAUUUCUAGGACAAAUAUCAAAUCUGAGCCUGAUGCUGAGACUAUUCAGUCCGUUCUAGAGGAUGAGGAUGAGGUGGUCCUGUCUCCCCGGACUCACACCCCUGUAGACUUGUUGCGAACAUGGAGGCGGGCGGCGUUGACAGCUAACGUGUGUUUUAACUGGAUGGUCAACAGCAUGGUCUACUACGGCUUGACGCUGAACCUGGAAAGUUUGGGCGGUAAUCUGUACCUGAACUUCCUGUUGAUGGGGGCCAUUGAGUACCCAGGUUAUACCCUGGCUCUGGUCCUCCUAGAUAAGAUCGGAAGGAGGAGAACGCUGGCAGCGUCCAUGGUUCUCGGGGGAGUGGCUUGCAUAGUUUCCGGCUCUCUACCUGCAGAUUUACAUUGGUUAAUACUAACGUUAGCAGUCUUGGGUAAGAUGGGCAUUUCCGCGUCUUUUACCAUCAUCUACGUGGUGACGGCCGAGGUUUAUCCGACGGUAAUAAGAACCAUAGCUAUGGGAAUGUCAUCUACCUUUGCUCGAGUGGGCAGCGCCGUGACACCUCAAGUAUUUUUACUUAAAGAAACAAUUGCUGCACUGCCUUUUAUCAUCCUUGGAGUUGAAUCGAUCCUCGCAGGACUGCUGUCGCUGUUGUUACCGGAGACCAUGUGUAGAGAUCUCCCACAGAAUCUAGAGGAAUUCGACAACAUGUUGGCGUCUCCCAGAGUCUGCAAGGGAACAAAACUGAAAGAGACAAGAAGGAAGACGAGAAAUAUAAGGGAAAAUAUUAAGACGGCAGACAAUGAGUGGAGCGAUGCUAAAGACUCCUGCCUCGCGCACGGCAACACCACUGACAUCUAA